AUGAAAAUAGCUUAUCGUGCAACUAUAGGAGCUAUUACAAUAGGUCUUCUAUCAUGUAUUCAUAUUCUAGUUGGAUAUGAACUUCGACCACGAUGCAGUGUCUUAGCUGGUAGCUUUGCAAUGUUUGAUGGUAUGUUUGUAGUGUUUUGGCUUGGUAUUAUUCCUCAUGUAUUGAUGUUAACCUUUGGUUUUCUUACUAUUAUGAAUAUUCAACGAACAAAAAAACGAAUAGCAGUUACACCAUAUGAAAAUACAGUUACUCCAAGGCAACAACAACAUCAUCAACAAAAAACUGAUGCACAUUUGAUUGUGAUGAUGCUUGUUCAAGUUGGAUUUAGUGAAUUAUUAAUUUUAACACGCAUGAUUUAUUAUGCAUACUAUGUUCUAGCACCACCAUUAAUUGGUUAUAACAAAUUGGUUGGUUCAUUCUUAAUGUCAUUCACUACAUUAGUUUACUACGCUAAUUAUGCUAAAUCAUUUUAUAUAUAUACAUUAUCAAGUCAAUUGUUUCGUUCAAUAUUUAUGAAUAGAAUAAAAUCAUGUAUACGAAAAAUUCUUGGCCGAUAUAUUCCAGUGAUACAUUUGGAUGAAGGUUUUACAAAUAAUAUGGCAACUAUCAAAACUCAUCUCUAA